AUGAGUUACUGGAGUCUGGAUAAGAAGAGCUGCCUGCAGUACUGCCGGCACUUCCUAGCGGACAACGGCGUGUUCCACGUUGAAAGAUGCAUGAGUGUGAUGCAGUCUGGGACGCAGAUGGUGAAGCUGAAGAGUGGAACCAAGGGGCUGGUCAGGCUCUUCUACCUGGACGAGCACAGGACCUGCAUCCGAUGGAGGCCCUCCCGGAAGAGCGAAAAGGCAAAAAUUGUCAUCGACUCCAUUUACAAAGUCAGCGAGGGCCGGCAGUCAGAGAUCUUCCACCGCCACGCCGAGGGCAGCUUCGACCCCAGCUGCUGCUUCACUAUUUACCAUGGCAACCACCUGGAGACCCUGGACCUGAUCACGUCCAACCCCGAGGAGGCUCGCACCUGGAUCACGGGGCUCAAGUACCUCCUGGCCGGGAUCAGCGACGAGGACUCGCUCGCCAAGCGCCAGAGAACGCACGACCACUGGGUGAAGCAGACCUUCGAGGAGGCUGACAAGAACGGCGACGGGCUGCUGAACAUCGAGGAGAUCCACCAGCUGAUGCACAAGCUGAACGUGAGCCUGCCCCGCAGGAAGGUCCGGCAGAUGUUCCAGGAAGCAGACACAGAUGAGAACCAAGGAACCCUGAACUUUGAGGAAUUCUCAGUGUUUUACAAGAUGAUGUCCUUGCGUCGAGAUCUCUACCUGCUGCUCCUAAGCUACAGUGACAAGAAGGAUCAUCUCACUGCUGAGGAGCUGGCCCAGUUUCUGAGGGUGGAACAGAAGAUGAAUAAUGUGACACCAGAAUAUUGUCUGGACAUCAUACAGAAGUUUGAAGUGUCAGAAGAAAACAAGAAGCAAAAUGUUCUUGGGAUUGAAGGCUUCACCAGCUUCAUGCGCAGCCCGGCGUGCGAGGUGUGCAACCCGCUGCACCGCGAGGUGCACCAGGACAUGCAGCAGCCCCUGUGCCACUACUUCAUCGCCUCGUCCCACAACACCUACCUGAGCGGGGACCAGCUGCUGUCGCAGUCGCGGGCCGACAUGUACGCGCGCGUGCUGCAGGCCGGCUGCCGCUGCGUCGAAGUGGAUUGCUGGGAUGGCCCAGAUGGGGAGCCAGUGGUGCACCAUGGCUACACCCUGACUUCCAAAAUCCUCUUCCGGGACGUGGCAGAAACCAUCAAUAAAUAUGCCUUCAUCAAAAACGAGUUUCCAGUGAUCCUGUCCAUUGAAAACCACUGCAGUAUUCAACAGCAAAAGAAGAUUGCCCAGUACCUCAAGGAGAUAUUUGGUGACAAACUGGACUUGUCAUCUGUGAGCACUGGAGAUCCCAGACAGCUUCCCAGCCCUCAGGAUUUAAAAGGGAAAAUCCUAGUGAAGGGUAAGAAAUUGCCCUGCAGCCUUGGAGCAGAUGCUGAGGAAGGAGAGGUUUCAGAAGAGGACAGUGCUGAUGAAAUUGAGGACGACUGCAAAUUAAAGCCCUGCUUUAGCAAUGGUGCAACUCAGCACCAGGUGGAAUCUUUUAUACGAACAAAACUGGAGUCUCUGCUAAAAGAAUCCCAGAUCAGGGACAAAGAGGAUCCUGACAGCUUCACUGUGAGAGCCCUGCUGAAGGCAACUCACCAGAGUUUCAGCAUGAACCUGAAGCAGAACUUGGACACAAAAGAAGGUGGAAAAAAGUCUCACGGUCGAUCAUUAAUGGGGAACUUUGGUAAACAUAAGAGAGCUGCCAAGGCAGCAGCCAAAGCCCAGGGUGCCUCGGAUGAUGAGGAUGGCCAGCAGCAGCCUCCGGGCAAGGAGCCGGGGCAGCCCCACAGCAGGCUUGCCCGCCGCAGGAAGACAGUGAAGCUGUGCCGGGCCCUGUCUGACCUGGUGGUGUACACCAACUCCGUGGCAGCCCAGGACAUCGUGGAUGAUGGCUCCACAGGGAACGUGCUGUCAUUCAGUGAGACCAGAGCCCACCAGGCAGUGCAGCAGAAGGCUGAGCAGUUCAUGCUUUACAACCAGAGGCAGCUGACCAGGGUCUAUCCCUCAGCCUACCGGAUCGACUCCAGCAACUUCAACCCUGUUCCUUACUGGAAUGUGGGCUGCCAGUUAGUGGCUCUAAACUACCAGUCUGAGGGACGUGUGAUGCAGUUAAAUGAAGCAAAAUUCAGGGUAAAUGGCAACUGUGGUUAUGUCCUCAAACCUCAGCAGAUGUGCAAAGGCACGUUCAACCCCUACUCUGCUGAUCCACUUCCUGCCAGUCCUAAGAAGCAGCUUAUUCUGAAGAUCAUCAGUGGGCAGCAGCUCCCCAAGCCUCCUGACUCAAUGCUGGGGGACAGAGGAGAGAUAAUAGAUCCAUUUGUUGAGGUGGAGAUUAUUGGGUUGCCUGUUGACUGCUGUAAAGAUCAGACCAGGGUGGUGGAUGACAAUGGGUUCAAUCCUGUGUGGGAGGAGACCCUCACCUUCACCAUCCACAUGCCCGAAAUUGCCCUGGUGCGGUUCCUUGUCUGGGACCACGAUCCCAUCGGGAGAGACUUUGUGGGGCAGAGAACUGUGGCCUUCAGCAGCCUCGUGCCUGGCUAUCGCCACGUGUAUUUAGAAGGACUGACAGAAGCUUCCAUAUUUGUUCAUAUAAUCAUUAAUGAGACCUAUGGAAAGUGGAGCCCUUUAAUCCUCAAUCCCAGUUACACAAUAAUGCACUUUCUAGGAGCCACAAAGAGCAAGCAGCUGAUGGGGCUCCGAGGGCUGUUCUCCAAGGCGCCCAAGGCGGGCACCGCCGAGGCCGGCGGGCACCACGUGCGCAAACGCUCCAUCGGCGAGCGCAUCCUGCGGCGCACGGCCAGCGCCCCGGCCAAGGGCAGGAAGAAGAGCAAGAUGGGCUUCCUGGAGGCUGCCGAGAUUAAGGACAGUGCCUCUGAGCCAACAGACCUGAAGGACAAGGAGGGGGUGGUCCGGCGGCCGAACCGCAGCUUGCAGGCGCGUCCUGCGUCCAUGCCCGUGGACAGAUUCCUCAUGGUAGAGCUGCCCUGCCCAGCAGAGGACACUGCCCAGGAGGCCAAGGGAGAGGAAAACACAUCUGUACAAAUGUGACUAGGAACACAGCUGAAGCCAACAGCGAUGACAAUACAAAUGAG